CGCCAGGGUGGCCUUUCGGAAAGCGAGGGAACAGUGCGCGCUGCGCUCCGCCCAGCUUCGUUCCGCUCCGCAGAGCCCGGCGUGACCAGGCUCCGACUUCUGCAACCCCACGCGCUCCCUCUGCCGCUGCACCUGGGUUCCCGGACCGCUCCCCGGAGCACUGAGCGAGCCGCGGGAGGGAGCUGGGCCGGGACCAGCGGCGAGGGAGGGAGCGAGAAGCGAGCAGAGUCGCGGACGCGCGGCUCCGGGUGCCCUCCCAGCCCCGGCCCCUGCCCGUCGCCGCCAGACUCCAGCUGACUGUGGGAGGGGCCGUGCGCCCGCCACCCGUCGGGGACCGCAGGUGCUCCCGGGAGUGCAGGGGUCCAGUCCGUGCGACGGCCCACGCGGGACAGGUCCCGGAUGAGAAGCAGCUGACCACAGCCGGGUCCCGCCUUCUCUGCGCACCGGGCAGCAGGGCCGCGCGGCCCCGGUGGCACCGAUGCCGAAGAACAGCAAGGUGACCCAGCGCGAGCACAGCAACGAGCAUGUCACGGAGUCGGUGGCCGACCUGCUGGCCCUGGAGGAGCCCGUGGACUACAAGCAGAGCGUCCUGAAUGUGGCGGGCGGGGUGGGCGGCAAGCAGGCAGUGGACGAGGAGCUGGACGCCGAGGACCGGCCGGCCUGGAACAGCAAGCUGCAGUACAUCCUGGCCCAGAUCGGCUUCUCCGUGGGCCUCGGCAACAUCUGGAGGUUCCCCUACCUGUGCCAGAAAAACGGAGGCGGUGCCUACCUGGUGCCCUACCUGGUGCUGCUGAUCGUCAUCGGGAUCCCGCUCUUCUUCCUGGAGCUGGCGGUGGGCCAGAGGAUCCGCCGGGGCAGCAUCGGCGUGUGGCACUACGUGUGCCCCCGCCUGGGGGGCAUCGGCUUCUCCAGCUGCAUCGUCUGCCUCUUCGUCGGGCUGUAUUACAACGUGAUUAUCGGCUGGAGCAUCUUCUACUUCUUCAAGUCCUUCCAGUACCCGCUGCCCUGGAGCGAGUGCCCUGUCAUCAGGAAUGGGACCGUGGCAGUGGUGGAGACCGAGUGCGAGAAGAGCUCAGCCACCACCUACUUCUGGUACCGAGAGGCCCUGGACAUCUCCAACUCCAUCUCCGAGAGUGGCGGCCUCAACUGGAAGAUGACCCUGUGCCUCCUCGUGGCCUGGACCAUUGUGGGCCUGGCCGUCGUCAAGGGCAUCCAGUCCUCAGGGAAGGUGAUGUAUUUCAGCUCCCUCUUCCCCUACGUGGUGCUGGCCUGCUUCCUGGUCCGGGGGCUGCUGCUGCGAGGCGCCAUCGACGGCAUCCUGCACAUGUUCACCCCCAAGCUGGACAAGAUGCUGGACCCGCAGGUGUGGCGGGAGGCAGCCACGCAGGUCUUCUUCGCCCUGGGGCUGGGUUUCGGGGGCGUCAUCGCCUUCUCCAGCUACAACAAGCAGGACAACAACUGCCACUUUGACGCCGCCCUGGUGUCCUUCAUCAACUUCUUCACCUCGGUGCUGGCCACCCUCGUGGUGUUUGCUGUGCUGGGCUUCAAGGCCAACAUCAUGAACGAGAAAUGCGUGGUCGAGAAUGCUGAGAAAAUCCUGGGGUACCUCCACACCAACGUCCUGAGCCGGGACCUCAUCCCUCCCCAUGUGAAUUUCUCCCACCUGACCACCAAGGACUACGCGGAGAUGUACAAGGUCAUCAUGACUGUGAAGGAGGACCGUUUCCCAGCCCUGGGCCUCGACCCCUGCCUGCUGGAGGACGAGCUGGACAAGUCCGUGCAGGGCACAGGCCUGGCCUUCAUCGCCUUCACCGAGGCCAUGACGCACUUCCCCGCGUCCCCGUUCUGGUCCGUCAUGUUCUUCCUGAUGCUCAUCAACCUGGGCCUGGGCAGCAUGAUCGGGACCAUGGCCGGCAUCACCACGCCCAUCAUCGACACCUUCAAGGUGCCCAAGGAGAUGUUCACAGUGGGCUGCUGUGUCUUUGCAUUCUUCGUGGGGCUGUUGUUCGUCCAGCGCUCCGGAAACUACUUUGUCACCAUGUUUGACGACUACUCGGCCACCCUGCCGCUCACCCUCAUUGUCAUCCUCGAGAACAUCGCCGUGGCCUGGAUCUAUGGAACCAAGAAGUUCAUGCAGGAGCUGACGGAGAUGCUGGGCUUCCGGCCCUACCGCUUCUAUUUCUACAUGUGGAAGUUCGUGUCUCCCCUGUGCAUGGCCGUGCUCACCACGGCCAGCGUCAUCCAGCUGGGGGUCACGCCCCCGGGCUACAGCGCCUGGAUCAAAGAGGAGGCUGCCGAGCGCUACCUGUAUUUCCCCAACUGGGCCAUGGCCCUCCUGAUCAUCCUCAUCCUGGUGGCGACCCUGCCCAUCCCCGUGGUGUUCGUCCUGCGGCACUUCCACCUGCUGUCCGACGGCUCCAACACCCUCUCCGUGUCCUACAAGAAGGGCCGCAUGAUGAAGGACAUCUCCAACCUGGAGGAGAACGACGAGACCCGCUUCAUCCUCAACAAGGUGCCCAGCGAGGCGCCCUCCCCCAUGCCCACGCACCGCUCCUACCUGGGGCCCGGCAGCACAUCGCCCCUGGAGCCCGGCGGGGACCCCAACGGACGCUAUGGGAGCGGCUACCUCCUGGCCAGCACCCCCGAGUCAGAGCUGUGACCGCCGGUCCCCAGCACCGCCCGCCUCCCCUCCACACCCAGCCAGCCCCCGCCCCAGCCUGUUCUCCCCUCCCCAGAGAGGGGUCCACCCUGACUCUUCCCCCACCCCAGUCCCAGCUGAUUCUGCUCCCCAGACCUGGGUGGGGGCCGCACCAUCUAAGCCUCUGAGAUCUCCCCAGAUGGUGGCCACGUAAUUGGAAUAAUCCUGAAGUUCUGAUUCCCAGCACAGGGGAAACUCCAAGUGACCACUUUUGGGGUCACUUCGCCCUCUUCCCCUCCCCCUAACCUGCUGCCUACAGUUCUGAGGUCUCGGAGUCCCUCUGUGCUGCCGGGCGGUGGUGCAGGCGACAGGCAGGCUGCGGGCAGGGUUGGGGUGCCCCAGAGGCUGCCGGACUGAAGGCUGGAGAUGGGGCAGGCGUGUCUGCACCCGGGGCUCAGGCGCGGGGUGGUGUGGGGCACAUGGUGCCCCGACAGCAGAGGGGUAAGGGGGCGCCCCUACCCCCAGCUCCAGGUGCGAUCUCUGGUGUCCUGGGUUCUGCCUGGGCGGGUGAUGACGAGGCCGGAGCCUGCCUACCUCCGUGAGGGCUUCGCCGUCUCCCUGUCCCCUCCCCACCCCCACCCCCAACCUGGAGCCCAGAGUGGCGGCCCCUGCUUUCCCCCGAGGUUUCCAGAGCACACGUGCCCACAGCACAACUCAGACGGUGGGCAGCACGGCUGCAAAGCACAUCCCCUCACUCCCCCGGGGCCCCUACUCUCUCUCUAGCGGCAGCUUCUCCCCUGGAACGGGGUCCCUGGGGUUCUGGGGCCCACGCCCAGGACACCCGACACCUGGGCAAAGAGAAUUCCUCUGCCCCUCUGGGCCGUCCCUCACCCUCUGUUGUGUGAGCACAGCUCCCCGGGUGCCUGUCGUGGACAGACGCCCCGGGAACCUUUCCCAAGCCACCUGGCCCACGUUGACCAGGGCCACAGGCAUUGCUGUGGACCCUGCAGGUUGCCCGGGGUGGGGCGUGCUGGGUCUCUGUCCUGGGGUGCAGCCCCCCAGCAUUCCCCACCCCAACUCUUACCUUCUGGCUGACCCUGGAGUAUGGCUGCCCUCAGAGUAAGGCUGGGAGGGACGGAUGGACCAAUGGAAGGAUGGAUAGACGAGUGGGUGAUGGUUGGGUGAUGGAUGGAUGGAUGAGUGAUGGAUGGAUGGAUGGGUGAUGGAUGGGCAGGUGGAUUGGUGGGUGGAUGGGUGAUGGAUGAGUAGGGAGGUGGGGGUGGAGGAUGGAAGGUAGGAGGGAGGGUAGACUGGCUGGCACAGCGAACCUCUGGAGAGCUGUGGCGGGAAGGGAGGGAACAGGCCACAUCCUAGGCCUGGGCACCUGGACAGAGGGUUCUGGGUCACUUGGGGUGGGGACAGACUAGACCCAGGGUUCCCUCCUUCCCUCCAUAGUCCCUUGCCCACUCCCUUGCCUGGGGAGCCAUCCCCCAUCCCACCAUUUUCCUUACCCACCCCUCCCUCCCUCCCCCCACUUCUGGCCCUCUCAGCCCCACCCACCUCCCUGACCUGAGGGGAGAGGAGAGACCCAGGUCUCCCCAGAGACCCCAGCCUUUGGAGCACAACGUCCCGCCUCAGGCCCCCUCGCCCGGCAGCACCCCUUCCGUGGCCCCAAGCCCAGUCCCAGCCGAUUUAGCAACAGGAGAGGCCAGGCCCCAGGAGAGAUACCCCACUAUACAUCCUCCUCCGUGUACCCCACUUCUGUUGUGUAGUCAGUCUGGACAUGGGGGUGUCCGUGCUGUCAAUGACAACCCCGAUAGUAUCCUGCGGCUGGCGGACUCUCUCCAUCCUCAAUGCUGUACAGAUCUAUUUUCAUUGUAUAUCUAAUAUAUUUUUAAUUUUGUAGCUUGUGGCUAGGCCAGGCCCCAGCCCACCAGCCUGCCUCGGGGACUGAGCGGGGCAGCCGCUCGGUCCUGCGGGCUGGGGGCGCGCCUGGCCUGUCCCGGCUGUGUCUGCUGUGUUAGCCGUAGGGCUUGGAGCUUGCGUGCGUGUGUGUGUGUGCGCGCGCGUGUGCGUGUGUAGCGUGUGCGCCUACGUGCGUGUGGCUGCGUGUAGGGUGCUGACUUGUGGACCCCGGUGUUCACCGUGCCCCCGAAGACCCCGCCGCCCUCCUCACCUCCCCCUGCUCCUCUCAGUCAGGCCUCGGGGCCAGCCUGCCGGAAGCUCCCUGCCUGGGCAAGGCGGGCGUUCCUUGCCGGGACCUGUUGCCUUCGCACUGCCGGGAAGGCGGGACCUGCUGAGGCCAGGGGAGCCCCCGCAUUUAUUUUCCAGUCAGCCUCCUGCUGUCUCCACCAGAGUCCCAAGUUCCUCGUCCCGAGGAAAAUCCCGGGCUCCUUAGGGUGGUGCGGCCCCGGGAAGGCCUCUCACAGCACCUGGCCCUGCAUGUGUCUCUGGGACAGUCCCGACCGAGUUCAGAAGGGAGCUGCGUGCGCCCGGCCCCCGGGCUGCUGGCACGCACACCUUCGCCCAGGCCUCGGGGGGCUGGAGGCGGGGCCGGUCCAGGGCAGGUGGGGCCUUUGACGAGGUGCGACCCAGCCCCAGGUUUCCCAGGGGAGCAGGAGGCAGCACCACAUUCCUGUGCGGGGUCCCCGCCAGCCCUGGCUGUGGUGCUGUCCCGCAGCACCCACGGGAGACGGUGGGCUCCAGGGCAGGGCGUGCCCGAGACUCCCCUGCUCCCUGCCCUGUGGCCCGAUCACCAGCGUAGUGCUCAGGGAGCCGUCUCGGCUGAGGCAGCUGGAAGCCCAGGUGGGUCUGGACAGGCAGGGCGCACAGGUCGAUGCCAGUGAGGCUGGUCUUGCCCUUCGGCCAUAAAUCUGUAGAGAUGGUCCCUGCACUAGUGCAAGGGGAAGCCGAGGGGCUGGGGACGGGGGGCUGGAUGGUCCCGGACCCUGGGCAGGCCUGCAGUAUUCCGGGCUGGGGUGCCCUUCCGCCUGUCCUUACAGCUGCACCCCUGCCACUGCCCCCAGAGCGGUCCCCACGGUGGAGAAGAGGAGAGACAGGCAGGUUGGAAGGCACCUGACCCACUGAGCGACCGCUAGGCCCCGAAGCUGGGGGCCUGCUGCCCCAUCGGUGGGGCCUGGUGACUGGGGCUGCGGAAGGGCGCCCAGGGCCCCUCCUCAUCCCAAGCGCCGCUUUGGACAGACCCGAGUACACACUGAGAGCAUCCCUAGGUCCUGGUGCAGGUUUGAGUCCGUGUGCCCAUGGCCGGCCGGAGCCCUGGGUAGGUCAAGACCACUCAGCCCAGGGGAGGGGACGAGGUAUUGCCACCCUGGAGCCCCUCCUUCCUCUCUGCUCCCCCCAUGGUGUACAAUAAAGUGUC